CCAACACGUAAACAGGGCAAAAGAAGCACUUUCAAACAUAUCUUGUGACUCGCAGGGUGCUGUCAACUCACUUAGCACACAGGUCUGAAGAAAGACUGACAUAACUCCAGGAGAAGAGGAUUCCUAUCCAUCUCAGAACAACAUGGCAGGCACUAAACUGGGAGCAAGGAAUCCCUUAACUGAGGCAGCUGUGGGGUUUGCACUGGGAGCAGUGGGAGGUUCCAUACUGGGAGCCACAGAGGAUCCAGUGGACAAGGUCCUUGCAGUGAUGACUUCAGCCGGUCCACUGAAACCAGUGAUGGAGGAAGUCAGGACAGUGGGUGCCCUCGGGCUGGGGACCCUUAUUGGAGCCACAGCCCUGACCGUCGUGAUGACCUCAGUAGUAGCUGGUGUGAUUCUGGCAGCAGUGGUAGCUUCAGUGUUUGUGGUCAUGAGGAGCUGCAGUGCCUCCUAUACACACUCUUUUGGCUUGUGGGCAACAGUAGCACUCGCUGGGGCCUUCGGGACCACUCUCAGUGGCGCCACGCUCGGGGUCGCUAUCGAAUGGACUGUGAAGAACUACGGCAUGGUGGGCCUUCUGUGGGCACUGAGCAUAUUCACUGUGCUCAAACCGCCCCUCCACUUGGUGUUCAAACUGCUCUGGAAGCAGGGAAAGGCCUGUUGCACUCUGGGAUCUGUAGUCUGGGACAGGGAGAGGAAACAGAUGGAGAUUACAGAGAUGAAGCACAGGCAGAAAGCAGCUGAACAGAUAGAGCAGAGGAUUCUGAUGCUGGAGAAAGGAGGCAGCACCAGCGGGAUGGAGCACCAAAUGGCAUGGGCCACUGAGCGGAGGCUAAGAGAAGAGAUAGAAAGGAAAAAGAUGGAGAGUGAAGAGGCAGAGAUGGAGCAAAGAACCAUCCAAGACUGGAUCAACACAGUGGUGGUCAAAUAUGUGGACUUCUUGGCUUUUUCUGGGAUACCAAUGACAGUAAUUGCCAUAGUGACAUCAGGGUUUGGGGUGUUUGGUUAUGGAGGCCACCAGUCUGUGUUUAUAGUGCUUCUAGCUUUGGUUGCAGUCAUAGCCUAUCUGCUCCUGAAAUCUUCUGACUUCAAGUUCUGGAUGUUGAUUGGCUGCAUGGCAAUGCUUGCAACGUUUGUCAUCGCCAUGCUCACCCUACACGCCGGGCAAGUUGCAGUAACAUCCGCCAUAAAGAUGCGAGCGGCAGGGCGGAAUCAGUCCAGAGAAAACAUCAGUGCUCGUAUGAACUACCAGUCCUCUCUGGAGGCUUUGAAUGCAGCUUUCUUUGUGGCUAAAUCAUGUGAGCUGGGUCUGGGGGCAACAGUUGGGGGUCCACUGGUGAGGCGGGCACGUGGAGAGGUGAGAGUCAUAGCGGGGGCAGCUUUAGUAGCGGGGGGUUUACUGGUUGGGGUGGAGGUUUUAGCCCCUGUUCUGGGAGAAGGGGGACAAGCAGGGGCGUUGCUGGGGGUGGUGGGGGCUGCGGGAGUGUCUGUGGGAGCAGCAGCAGCUGUGGCUGGAAGGUGGUCCUCAUGGCCAGGGACUUUGGGAACAAUAGCAGGGUUGAUAAUAGGAGCAUUAGUUAUGGGGAAAUGGCAUUUUGUCAACAUCGGACUGCAGCUGCCUAUAGCCUAUGUCUUCGCUAUGACCAAUCCAUUUUAA